AGUAAUACAUCCGAUGCAGCAGAUGGCUGUAGCGCUAGCCAAAGCUCCGCUUCGAUCAUCAAUAACGACGAAGAGUUUGCAACAACAGUCCUGCUCUUGCAGAGGUAAAUAUCAGCGUUUAAAUGCGAAGUUGUAUUUCUUGUCUUGCCUUUUUAUGUUUAAUCCAAUAUUCUGAUUUUUAAUGUAUCGUUUAGCGACACUAGGUCCACUAACGGUCGUUAGCCGUUAGCUUUAGCCGAAGCUAAGCUACUGCAGCUAUUAGUUUGAGUGAGGGGGUGUAGUGGAUGUUUAUGCGUCUAUAAUGCUGUUAUAAGAUCGAUACGGCCCCAUUUUGUAUCCCUAUUUGUCAUUUAUCUGCUUCUUCUGCGCCUAAUGUUACCUAUCACCUCCUAACACAGCUUUCUAUGUGACCCAGAUUAAUCGCAGUGCUGCAGUAAAUCUGUGAAAAUGGACACAAGAGCCUUGAGGAAUCCCUAUCAGGACUAUGAUGGGAACCCUGCGUCCACAAUGGCUCUCUUUGACUCCCAGGGGAAGGUAAUGCUUGGAGAAUAUUUCAGCUGAAGUGCAUGUGAGUGAUGUAACCCCGAUAAAUGAUGAUUUUUCUGCACCUGCAGCUCACAUUAGAGUUUUCUCAGAGGCUCACCGGUAAGAUCAGUGAGCUUCUGGCUGUCAUGGAAAAUGGGCUGAUGUCUGCUGACCCGAGAGAUUGCACCGGUUACACCGGCUGGGCAGGUGAUGACACUAUUGCACAUCUGACAUAACAUCUCAUAUAAGUGACAGCAUAUGGUCUUAUGGGCAGGGGAGAGGGGGAGGCCUGGCCCACCUGAAUGAGCUGCGACUCUGUGUCAAGGAGUGGGGCUGCACAUACAGUUGAAACCAGAAGUAACACGAUAUAAAAAGGCAGAUAACCAGUGUUGCCCGAUCAGAUUGACAGUUUCCAGCCCAAUCCGAUAAAAACCAGCCCAAUCCACAUGCAAUAGAAAACGCUCGUAAGUAUCCAGAGCUUCAUAUAGCAUCAAAUAACCACUCAUAAAUGAUAAAUAGGUUUAAUUGCAACAAACAAGAGCGCAGUAAAUCUGCAAGAUGAACCUCUGGCAUCCUAGCGCCAGGCUCAGAUUAGUAAUAAUGACUGCUGCACGUAAAAAGGUGCACCUUUAACCAUGUAGGCCUAAUAAAUUUAUUUACAUCACAAAUCACCCGUAUGAGGACUACUUGCAGAACAAUUUGAAACAAACGAAAAUACACAGAGCGCCUCUUCUUGCCUCUGAGCUGUUUUCACAAUCUUAAAAACUCUCCAGAUUCCAACAAAAGCAGCCUAAUGUAUUUUUUCCCCACCUGACGUAGAGGGUAGAAAACAGCCCAAUCUGGCAACACUGCCCAUAUAAGUGACAGCAUAUGGUCUUAUGGGAGGGGGGAGUUGCUCACCUGAAUGAGAGGUGACUUUGUGUCAAGCAGGGGCUGCACAUGUAGGGGAGAGUGGGGUAAGAUGAGCCAUUUUUCAUAUUUCAGAUCACUCCAUCAAGUCAAUCAUAGUUUUGUCUCUAACUUGUGUGUCUGCAUGUGUGUCAAGAUGUUGUGCAUCCCUGCAAACCAACAGAAUAUGUGUAAACAUCACUGUCUUGAUAAUACAGCAUGCCAAAAAAAGUGGUCUUCUAUGGUCAACUUACCCCGUGUACGGGGUAAGUUGACCAUAGGAGCGGGGUAAGUUGAGCCGUAUCCCUACUACCACCCACCAACUCUCCCUCACUCCCUCACCUUUUCUCUCCCUAAAUAACAGUCAUUUCUUCACUUUCAUUUGUAUUUUUAUUUGUUAUACCCUAUUCAAGUGGUACGAUAACAUUUUCAUCAGAUUUCAUAAAGCGCUUUAUCACUGACCCUCAAAGCGCUUUACAUUGGUACGUCAUUCAUUCGCUCACACAGUCACACCCUCAUGUUGGUAAACUACCUUAGUAGUCACAGCUGUCCUGGGGCAGACUGACGGAAACGUGGCUACCAGACACAACACACUUACAAUCAUACACCAGUGGAGGACACACACUGGGAGCAAGGUGGGUUAAGUGUCACAACGGACAGACUUGGGAUAGGGGGGAAUCGAACCGCCAGGCUUCCAGUUAUUGGACGACCAAUCUCAUCAAAGUCAUUUGAACAUGAAAAUGUCUUUAAGUGAUUCAGAACAUUCACAGCUGUAGUUUUGAAAAGAAAAAGUCAAACAUUUCAACAAUCUGAACUGAAACUCUGAUCCUCUCAUCAGACUCCUUUACUUUCUCAGUUACCCCAGAACUACUAUGAUGACUUUAUCAGUCCUCUGAGCUAAAAUGGUGGACUUUUAUGUUGGAGCUCAUAGAUACCAGAAUUGAUGUAUAAAAUAAAUUUAAAAUGAUCAAACUUAUGACGGACUAAAUUCACUUUACAGAGUGAAAUAAAUGUCUAACCCCUUCACCCAUGUGCUUCUAACCUUCAAACACUCCAUGAAUUGAUGCCCAUCUCCUAAAUAUUUGGUCACAUGAUCGAUUUCUUUUACCAUUUUCAAGAAACAGGGGUGGCUCAACUUACCCCACUCUCCCCUACUGAAUUUUUCCUGCACUGCAUUUUACCAUAUUGUGCAUGGACGUCCUUCUGUAUUCUCACAAUUAGAGGGUAAUUCAGCAAAUAGAUGGAACUAAUAUAGAAAAGGGAGGGUUUUAUUCAGCCUUAGAUAUCAGGAUUGGACUGAAACACUCACUUUUCUGGUUGGUAUUUAAGGAUUUUUAAUCAAUCUCACUCCUGGUUGUAUAUUAAAAUGUUAAAAAUAACUGAGACUGCCUCUAGUAGAUUCCCAAAACUGAUAUUAACUUAUUCCCAUUUGCUGUUAAGGCCAAGCAUGAUUUAAAAUCCCUUAAAUACAGCAGCAUUUUAAAUAUUUUUAUUGUAAGAUGACCAACACAUUUAGAUUUUAGGUGCUUAAACUUAGAUAUAUGGACAGUAGCUUGGACAAUAACAAUUAUAUUACAAUAUUUAUGGAAAACAGUGGACAAAAAAACGUAUUACUUACUUGUUAUUAAGUAUUUCUAAAGAUGUUUCAAGUCAUGUUGAGUCUGCAUCACCUGCCCCAUGAUAGAAACUUCUUUAGAAAAUACAUAACCUGAUAAAUUCACUGUUUUUCAUGCUUUUAUUUUGACAUUUUACUCUUAUAUUUAGGUUGUUUUUUAUCCAUGCUUUUAUUGUGAAAUUAGGUCUAUGCUACAUCCAGUUUGGCUCUCAAAAACAGUCUUUGGAAAUCAGUGUAAGAGGAGUUGGACCAUGUCUCGGGGCGCUGUCGUACCUCUGCGCUCGCUGUCUUACUAAGAGUAUUUAUCUGUGUCUGCGCAGGCAUUGCUUUGCUCUAUUUACACCUCCACAAAGUCCUCGGGGACGGCCUCCUCCUCCAGAAAGCUCUGGAGCACGUCAGCCGCAGCCUCAAGUGUUUGACCAGACGCCAUGACGUCACCUUCCUGUGUGGGGAUGCUGGGCCUCUGGCUGUGGCCGCUGUGGUCUUCUAUCGCCUGCAGAGGGUGCAGGAGAGCGAGGAGUGCAUCAACAGGUCAGUUUUAGAGAAGGCAAAAGUGUCACUUUUUCAACAUUUUUUGAAUAAACUUUUCCUUUUCGCUUUCACCGCCCUCUCAGACUGCUGCAGCUUUACCCGAGUGUCGUGGAAGGCUCUGGCGGUCUCCCCGAUGAGAUGCUCUACGGGAGGAUGGGUUAUCUGUACGCUCUGGUCUUCAUCAACCAGCAGAUGGGGCAGGACAGGAUCCCACUGCAGUACAUCCAGCAGGUGAGAGCGACACAGGAAAAGAAUCGGGUGUAUUUAACCCUCGGUUCCUGUUCAUUUUAAGCUCCAUCCAGCAGAUAAGUACUCAUAAAAUAAUCAUUUCUUAACAUUUUUCUACUUUUUCCGACUCAAAUCUCCUAAACAGCUUCAGUAUCACCCUUUGUAUGCCAGUUUUUGUGCACCAUGUCACUGUUAUUUUUAAUGGUAAAAAACACAAAAUUGCCAUGUUUCCCAUAUAAAAUGACAUUGAUCUUUUUUUAUUUUUUGAUAAAUAGUCUGGGCCAUGUCAAUGAUGAGAAGUUAAACCGAUUUUGGUAAAUUUUAAUCCUUUUUUUCGCACCAAUUUCCGUAUUUUAUCUCCAUCCAGCCUAUUUUGUUCCCAAAACGAAUGAACAUGCAUGUAAGUGUUGAUAAAAUAAUCAUUUUUAAACAUUUUUUCAAACUUUUUUUUACUCAAAUCUCUUAAACAACUUCAGCCCUGAUCAUUAAAAAAGUAAUGAAUAAAAAAAAUCGAUGUAUUACCCUGUUUAUUCCAGUUUUUUUGCGCCAUGUCAUAUUUGUUGAUCAAGUGUUUAAACAGCUGAGUGUAUUGGAGCAGAAAACCACGCCAAUUUUACCUCCUUUUCUGGAGCCUCGUCCUCUGCCAAAUAAAAUGCAAUCGAAUUCAUAUGUUCAUAAUAAAUUAAUUUUAUAUAAAAUCUGAAGAUACAUGUAAGAUAUGAAUCAUUUAUAAGUGGUUAUCAACCUCUAACCAAAUUAUGACCAUGAUUACGCUGAUUCGAUCCGUUGUGUCAAAGUCGGAAAGUAAAAACGUGUUUUUGUAAUAUGUUGUUAUGGUGCCGUAAACUCACGCUCAAAAAACGUGUUUUUAAUGGAAGUCUAUUGUCCGAUUUGCGGACGAAGGAGGGUGACAUGGAGUUUUUUUUAUUUUCAUGUAUAUGUGAAGAAAAAUAAGAACUCUGAUGCCCCAAUCUUUAAAAAUGUGACUGUCAGCUCAAAAUAAAGAUGAAAAAAAUGACAAAUGUCCUCAAAACAGACAUAAUAGGAAUCGAAGGUUCAGGAUAAAAAAGGAGAAACUCUCUCUCUCUCACUUCCAGACUCUAAUCUUGAUUAUCUUCUGGUCUAAUUCGCUCACUCUUCCACUUAUACUUAUCUGAUUGCGCUAAUAUGUCUCCAUUGAUUCCCUCUGGUACGAAUCGAGUGUGUUUAUGAGGCCGGAUGUGUGACCUGUCCCUCCUUAGAUCAGCAAUGCCGUGCUGGUAUCCGGAGAGAACCAAAGCAGGAAGUUUAGGGUCCAGAACCAGAGCCCGCUGAUGUACGAGUGGUACCAGGAGCCGUAUGUGGGUGCUGCACAUGGUCUGGCUGGAAUCUACUACUUCCUCAUGCAGGUAAAACCGGUUUCUGUUUCAUAUUCGGAGCAGCUUCAGACUCUGAAUAAGAACCUCUGGAUUUACCUGCUGCUCUUAAUCUCCUCACCACAGCCGGGGUUCGUCCAAUCAGAGGACUUGGUGCUCAGGCUGGUCAAGCCCAGCGUGGACCACGUCUGCCGUCUCAAGUUCCCCACUGGAAACUACCCCCCCUGCAUCGGGGAUGACCGGGACCUGCUGGUGCACUGGUGCCACGGCGCCCCGGGGGUGAUCUACAUGCUGCUGCAGGCGCACAAGGUAAACAAGACGAUGAGUUCAGACCUUUAGAUCACAACGAAUGAGACUGCAUCCUCGUUUUUAGAGUCAUGGUGCCAUCUUGUGGUGAAAUAAGAGUACUGUGUGUUAAUUCUCCUCUGCUCCAGGCCUUCGGAGAGGCUCGGUACCUGAUCGACGCCCUGCAGUGCGGGGAGGUGGUGUGGCAUUACGGCUUGCUGAAGAAAGGGUAUGGUUUGUGUCACGGUGCGGCGGGGAACGCCUACGCCUUCCUGGCUCUGUACCGGCACACGCAUGACCCCAAACAUCUCUACAGAGCCUGUUUGGUGAGAGCGACUUCAUUAUUAUUCAAAGAGGAAUGAUUGAUACAGUUUCAUGUCAGAUUCACUCAGCCGCACAGUCCUCCUCCUCCUCGUGCCAAACUUCAAUCAAAACUGAUCGCACACGCUGAAACCAUUAGCGCCGCCGCUCAUCUCUGGACUCCCUCCAGGUGGCACUGCUCCCACAUGUACCGUCAUUAAUACGCAUCUAUUCAUAGCGGAUGGAAACGGACUCCUCGGAUGUCUGGGCUGAGCUCUGUUACCGAGCGUCGCCGCUACAUUGUGGUCCUAAUGCGAGUCCUCCACAGACGCUCGGAUUUCACCGAGCCGAGCAGAAUUUAUAGCCGCUGUUGACAUUACUCGCUGUUCUCUCGAGGCGGCUUAAAUAAAGUUCACUGUUGUGAUAGACGGAGAUGUUAUUACGAAACUGCUUCACUCUAUGUUUCUAUUUGUGUCUCUGCAGUUUGCAGACUGGUGCAUGAACUACGGCAGACACGGAUGCAGAACGCCAGAUACCCCCUACUCUCUGUUUGAAGGUAAAAAGGACCGACGCUGAUUCAAAGUGCUUCUUAAAGGGAUAAUCCGGCGUAAAAUUAAUUUAGGGUCAAACACACCACAACACCAAGUUAGACACCCUGUCAAGAGAUGAUUGUUGCCGACCGCUUGAUUCUCUAGUUAUACCAACUUUAGUAACGACCGCACGAUAGCAAUACACAGUGGUCUGAGGAGCCAUAAACAAACCUCAACCCAAACGCCACUCUAUAGCCACAAAUAAUGCUCAGAACUGCACCUAACUUCAUCAACAGGACAUAUAGGGUCACAGACAUAGUACUAGCCACCAAACAUCUUUUUAACUUUGCCUAAUUUCUUUGGCAAAGAGACUAAACACAACUCACCUACUCUCUUCCAGCAGCCGUUUGUUUGUAGCGAGACCUCAGGCCAGUCCAUUAUGGACUCCAGCGGAGUGUUGCAGCUCAAGGAAGAAUAUUUAUGAUCAGUAAUAAUCACCAUAUUAACCUUCCUCCUGUGUUAGCUUUUACUACGUACCCACCAUGUUAAGGGUUGGUUUUGUCCCGUGUCUUAAAUCAGCUGUAAAUUUCACUAAAAACAUUUCUCUAUCGUCCAAUUUGGUUCUCAUCUCUAGGUUACCUUGUUCGGCUUUAUUAUCCAUGAAAAUAUUGCUUGUAAUAUUUUUUGGUGUGGUCCUCUUGGCCUUUCUUUGUCAGUAUACCCCUCACACAGACAUCUAUACUGAACUGAUCUCCAUGCCCGACGUUGUUUUUUGUGCAGGAAAAAAACACAGCAAAAUGAGAAUUUCCUAAAUCUUUCAUAAUUGGCAGAGGAUCUGACUGUCAGUGUGGGGCCUGACAGUGCACUUAUGAUUUUAGUCUUUGCUCUAAUUAUAAGAUAUUGAUCUAACCGGGUCAACAGCGACCCUAAUACGACACGUGCCAUCAUUUUAACAAGAGAAUUUUACAAUUGUUAAAAUUAUGGCACGUGUCGUAUUAGGGUCGAGAAUUUUAAUUAAGAGAAUUUUACAAUUUAGUCAAUUUAAUUUUUUAAUGUUUAUUUUGUUGAAAUAGAGGUUCCUGACAAAGUCAAAAAGUCUUGAUGCAAAAAAGCAAAUUUAAGUGGUUCUUUUAAACACUUCAAAACAAAACCCGGUCAGUGCAGACCCUAACACAGGAGCAGGGUUAAUCAUUUUGUACUGCAGACGCCGUAAUUCUUCUGCCUUAUCGUCUGAUUGCAUUUCCAUGAAGAAAUGAUCAUAAAUGUUCUUCCUUGAGCUGCAAAACUCCGCUACAGUCCAUAAUGGACUGGCCUGAGAUCUCCAUACAAACAAGCGGCUGAUGGAAGAGAGUAGGUGAGUUGUGUUUAGCCACAAAUCAGCAUUAUUUGUGGCGAUAGAGUGGCGUUUUGGUCGAGGUUUGUCUAUGACUCCUCAGACCGCUCUGUAUUGUUUUAUUAAAGUUGGUAUAACUGGAGAAGAAAGCGGUCGGCAACAAUCAUCUCUCGAGGGGGUGUCUAACUCGGUGUUGCAGUGUUUUUGACCCUAAAUUAAUUUUAUGCCGGAAUAUCCCUUUAAGAAUUCUGCUUUCAUUUUCUACAUUUGUUCACGCAGUCUCUCACAGACUUGAUGAAUCUGUUGCGUCUUACCGUCCUUACAGGCAUGGCGGGCACCAUCUACUUCCUCACCGACCUCCUGCAGCCGCUGAAGUCGAGGUUCCCCGCUUUCGAGGUGUAGAAACAGGCUCACAGAGAAGACGAGAGGACAAUCUGGGGAUGGGUUCUGACGCUCACUUUGGAUGCGGUGCCAUAAUUUUCCUUCUCUCUCUCACACGUUAUUAACCGGAUAAAUCUUAACAGUUCUUCAAAAGUGUUUAAAGGAGAGAGCCGUUCUUGCUACUUGUAACUUCAGCUGUUGUUCAGCAUGUGAUUCUUACGCAGGUUCAAACAGUUUCAAGCCGUCAGAAAACUGACUUGUGAUUUGUUUUUGUUGCACUUUAGUUUAUGUCUUUGUUGAAAGUGAGCGCUUUAGUUUUUACUGUUUUCUUUAUGAGGAAAGGUCAACAAAGCUAGAAAGACUGCACUAAAUAUACUACAGUUCAAGCUCUGUCAUGUGUUAAAGGAUUAACCCCCCCGAGUGUAAACUGUGGCCUGUCCUUUGCACUGUCUGAGCAAUAAAUCAUGAGACUUUGUUCAGCU